AUGGUGCUUGAAGUGGGAAUCGACUCGGCUGGGAUGAACAAGGAGGAGCUGGUCACGACCUGCCGCAUUUACACAGAUCUGAUUAUACCACCACCCCUUCCGCCUGUACAUCAAGACCAGCUUGGAAAAACGGCAUCAACAUCAAGAGUACAAUCUACCUUCCAAAUCCAACCUCAUGAAUCCAGCCAAGGUAAGUUGGUUCCGUUGGUAUGCUUGCUGAUGGAGAAGCAAGCAUCUGAUACUACUAUGAGUCAUCCUCCAGCCGGUCCUAGCCAGUCAAGUAGAGCACAUCCACCCGCAGUCAAAAUGGAGUCCUCAACUGUGGUGACUACCAAUCUUGACAUCAGUGGCACACCAAAUCCUGAGCCAAAUCAAUCAAUGUCACCACCAUCUUCAAACCUCAAGAAAGGAAAGGGUUGA